AUGAAGCCCACCACGAUCGCUGUGGUUUUGGCUGGGUUGCUGUCCGGUGCCACCGCUGGCUCGGACCUCACGGUUGAACGGGCGGUGGUGCAACGCGCCCUGCCUAAUGCCCCCGAUGGAUAUACGCCCACCUCGGUCAGUUGCGCCGCCAGUCGUCCUACCGUCCGGAGCGCCGCGCGCCUCUCCUCGAACGAAUCGUCAUGGCUCGAGACUCGCCGGGAUAAGACCUUGAAUGGCAUGAAGGAUUUCUUCAACCAUGUCACCAUCCCCGAUUUCAACGCCGUUCAGUACAUCGACCGUAUUUCGAGUAACACGUCCGACCUCCCCAAUAUUGGCAUUGCCGUGUCUGGCGGAGGUUAUCGCGCGCUGAUGAACGGCGCGGGCGCUAUCAAGGCCUUUGACAGCCGUACGAACAACUCCACGAGCUCCGGUCAGCUGGGAGGCCUGCUGCAGUCGGCCACCUAUCUGGCCGGUUUGAGUGGUGGCGGCUGGCUGGUCGGUUCCAUCUACAUCAACAACUUCACCACCAUCGCCGACUUGCAGACGCAUGAAGCGGGCUCGGUCUGGCAGUUCCAGAACUCCAUCUUUGAGGGUCCGGACGGGGAUAGCAUUCAGAUCUUGGAUUCCGCCAGCUACUACAAGGAUAUCAGCGAUGCUGUUUCGGCCAAGAGUGAUGCAGGCUACCAAACGUCCAUUACGGAUUACUGGGGCCGUGCGCUCUCCUACCAGCUGAUCAACGCGACCAAUGGCGGACCAAGCUAUACCUGGUCGUCCAUUGCCCUUACCGACUCGUUCCAAUCGGCCGACAUGCCUAUGCCGAUUCUCGUCGCAGAUGGCCGGUAUCCCGACGAGCUUGUUGUCAGCAGCAAUGCCACCGUAUAUGAGUUCAACCCCUGGGAGUUCGGCACCUUCGAUCCCACCGUAUAUGGAUUCGUUCCCCUCGAAUAUCUGGGCUCGAGAUUCGACGGCGGCACUCUUCCCCAAAACGAGACCUGCGUGCGCGGCUUUGAUAAUGCCGGCUUUGUCAUGGGCACCUCGUCCAGUCUGUUUAACCAGUUCCUCCUGAACGUUAACAGCACCGCUCUUCCCAGCUUCCUCAAGACCGCGUUCACGGAUAUCCUGGAGCGGAUCGGCGAGGAUGACGACGACAUCGCGGUGUACGCCCCAAACCCGUUCUACCACUGGCGCAACGAGUCCUCUCCCGCUGCCAGCCAGCGCGAACUCGACAUGGUCGACGGCGGCGAGGAUCUCCAGAACAUUCCGCUACACCCGCUGCUGCAGCCCGAGCGCCACGUCGACGUGAUCUUCGCCGUUGACUCGUCCGCAGAUACCGACUACAGCUGGCCGAACGGUACGGCCCUCGUUGCGACCUACGAGCGUAGCUUGAACGCUACAGGCAUCGCCAACGGCACCGCCUUCCCGGCGGUCCCGGACCAGAACACCUUUGUCAACAGCGGCCUGAACACGCGCCCGACCUUCUUCGGCUGCAACAGCACCAACAUCACCGGCACCGCCCCGCUGGUCGUUUAUCUCCCGAACUAUCCCUACGUCGCGUACUCCAACAUGACCACCUUCACCCCUAGCUACGAAGAGUCCGUCCGCGAUGACACCAUCGCCAACGGAUACGCCGUCGUCACCAUGGCCAACAGCACCCGCGACGCUGACUGGUCGUCCUGCGUCGCCUGCGCCAUCCUGAGCCGCUCCUUUGAGCGCACCAACACCCAGGUGCCCGACCGCUGCACUCAGUGCUUCGAGAAGUACUGCUGGGACGGUACGAUCAACUCCACUACGCCGGCGGCGUAUGAGCCUGUCACCCUGCUGGACAGUGCUGGAGCUACCGUGCUGCCGACUCUUUUGGUUAGUAUGCUCACCACCGGUGUUGCUGUGCUUUUGACGCUGUAA